AUCGUUGAAAUGAUCCAUGUUGCGUCUCUCCUGCACGACGAUGUCAUCGACAAGGCUCACCUGCGACGCGGCGCGCCCUCCGCCCCCGCCGCGUUCGGUAACAAACUGUCCGUCCUGGGCGGCGAUUUCUUGCUGGGGCGCGCCAGUGCUGCUCUAUCCAGAUUGGGGGAAAGCGAAGUCGUUGAGCUCAUCGCCAGCGUCAUUGCAAACCUAGUGGAGGGGGAGAUUCUGCAGAUGAAAGAGAUGCACCGCUCGGACCUCGGCAUAGUGACCGUGAAGGAUUCCUCUGUACCGCGGGCCGGCAAGGAGAACUGGAAUAUAUACUUGAAGCGGUCGUACCUCAAGACAGCGAGCUUGAUGGCGAAGGGCGCGAGAGCUGCAGUAGUACUCGGUGGCUGCAGAGACGGCGACGUCUGGAAGGAGGUAGCGUAUGCCUACGGUCGCAACCUCGGGAUCGCCUUCCAGCUCGUCGACGAUAUUUUAGAUUACGAGGCUGGCGAGGCUACACUCGGGAAACCGGGAGGAGCAGACCUGCAGCUCGGUCUUGCGACAGGACCUGCCUUGUACGCAUGGGAAGAGCAUCCAGAGAUGGGCCCCCUCAUAGAGCGCAAGUUUGAGAAGGAGGGAGAUGUAGAGCUGGCUCGGGACCUAGUACGGCGCUCUUCCGGAGUGGAGCGUACCCGGGAUCUCGCUCAAGCACAUGCCGACGGUGCUAGAGAAGUACUCCGUCUUCUGCCUGACAGCGAUGCCAAGGUCGCUCUGGAGAUGCUGGCUGAGCGCGUAGUAAAACGGACUUCAUAACGAUUUUGGACAGACUUCGUGCACACUCUGAAGUUGAAUCUAUAGAAGCCACAACGCCAC